AGCCUCGGGCAGCCCUGCCCGCUCCGGGAAGGCUCCCUCGCCACGCCUGCUCCGGGGCAGCCCCUGGGAGGGCUCCGGGCUGCUCGCCCACCUCCGCCUGAGAAGGGGGCGCGCCCAAAGCAGCACGGAUUCCGCCCCUCCGGGAGGACAGCGGCGCGGCGAGAGGGGGAGGGAAGACGGGCGGGACGGCGCGACUCUCACGCCAAGCUCGCAGCCGGCUCUUCCUCCAGGAGGCGAAUCCCGGGCGCUCCCGGGGAGCCGUGCCCCAGCAGCGCCGAGGGGAGAAGGAUGAGCGGCUCCGGCGGCGGCUGCAGCACCGCGGACAGCGGGCGCGCCGAGCGGCACCGCGGCCAGCGCCCCGGCCCUGAGGCGAGCCUGCCCCGACGCGCUCAUGUUGAGACACAGCAAUUCUAAAGACAUGCAUCGGAGGCACGCCACCCUUCGGGAGAAGGGCCGGCGCCAGGCCAUCCGGGGCCCUGCCUACAUGUUCAACGAGAAAGGCACCAGCCUCACCGCAGAGGAGGAGCAUUUCCUCGACUCCGCGGAAUAUGGCAACAUUCCUGUGGUGCGAAAAAUGCUGGAGGAAUCCAAAACCUUGAACUUCAACUGCGUCGAUUACAUGGGACAGAACGCCCUCCAGCUGGCCGUAGGGAACGAGCACCUGGAAGUGACAGAGCUGCUCCUCAAGAAGGAGAACCUCGCCCGAGUUGGGGACGCCCUUCUGCUGGCCAUCAGUAAAGGGUACGUGCGCAUUGUGGAAGCAAUACUGAACCACCCUGCCUUCGCGCAAGGACAGCGCCUCACGCUCAGCCCCCUCGAGCAGGAGCUGAGGGAUGAUGACUUUUACGCGUACGAUGAAGACGGAACUCGGUUCUCCCAUGACAUUACCCCCAUCAUACUUGCUGCCCACUGCCAGGAGUAUGAAAUUGUUCACAUCUUACUUCUGAAAGGUGCACGGAUUGAAAGGCCACAUGACUAUUUUUGCAAGUGCAAUGAAUGUAUGGAAAAGCAGAGGAAAGACUCCUUUAGUCAUUCUCGCUCAAGAAUGAAUGCCUACAAAGGAUUAGCCAGUGCUGCUUAUUUGUCUCUGUCCAGUGAAGACCCUGUCCUUACUGCUCUAGAGCUUAGCAAUGAACUGGCCAGGCUAGCCAACAUUGAAACUGAAUUUAAGAACGACUAUCGGAAGUUAUCUAUGCAAUGCAAGGACUUUGUCGUGGGGGUGCUGGACCUGUGCAGAGACACUGAAGAGGUGGAGGCUAUUCUGAAUGGAGAUGUGAACAUCCACUUGUGCCCUGAGCACCACCGGCCAAGUCUGAGCAGGAUUAAACUUGCUAUUAAAUACGAGGUCAAAAAGUUCGUGGCUCACCCCAACUGCCAGCAGCAAUUGCUCACCAUGUGGUACGAGAACCUCUCAGGCUUGCGGCAGCAAUCCAUAGCUGUGAAGUUCUUGGCUGUUUUUGGGGUCUCCAUCGGGCUGCCCUUCCUUGCCAUAGCCUACUGGAUUGCUCCCUGCAGCAAGCUGGGACGUACCCUUCGAAGCCCUUUCAUGAAGUUUGUGGCUCAUGCAGUUUCUUUCACAAUCUUCCUUGGACUGUUAGUAGUGAAUGCCUCAGAUCGGUUUGAAGGAGUCAAAAAUCUCCCCAACGAGACCAUCACGGAUCAUCCAAAGCAAAUAUUCAGAGUCAAAACAACCCAGUUCUCAUGGACAGAAUUGCUGAUCAUGAAGUGGGUAUUGGGUAUGAUAUGGUCGGAGUGCAAGGAGAUCUGGGAAGAGGGUCCACGUGAAUAUGUGGUGCAUCUCUGGAACCUGCUGGACUUUGGGAUGCUGUCCAUCUUUGUGGCAUCAUUCACUGCCAGGUUCAUGGCUUUUCUUAAAGCCUCUGAGGCACAACAGUACGUAGAUCAGUACGUUCAGGAUGAUGACCUCAAUAAUGUCACCCUUCCCCCUGAAGUUGCUUACUUUACCUAUGCCAACGAAAGCUUCGGCCCCCUGCAGAUCUCUCUGGGGAGGACCGUGAAGGAUAUCUUCAAGUUCAUGGUCAUCUUCAUCAUGGUGUUCCUAGCCUUCAUGAUUGGGAUGUUCAACCUUUACUCUUACUACCUUGGUGCAAAGUACAACCCCGCGUUUACAACGGUAGAAGAAAGUUUUAAAACCUUAUUCUGGUCAAUAUUUGGCUUAUCUGAAGUGAUAUCUGUGGUGCUGAAGUACGACCAUAAAUUCAUUGAGAAUAUUGGAUAUGUACUCUAUGGAGUAUAUAACGUGACUAUGGUGGUUGUGCUGCUUAAUAUGCUAAUAGCCAUGAUCAACAACUCCUAUCAGGAAAUUGAGGAGGACGCAGAUGUGGAGUGGAAGUUUGCACGUGCCAAGCUCUGGCUAUCCUACUUUGAUGAAGGAAGGACUUUACCUGCUCCUUUUAAUCUAGUGCCAAGCCCUAAAUCAUUUUAUUAUCUCAUACUGAGAAUAAAAAUGUGCCUCAUAAAACUCUGCAAAUCUAAGGCCAAAAACUGUGAAAAUGACCUUGAGAUGGGGAUGCUGAACUCCAAAAAACGGAAAGUUCGUUUUCACUCUAGCAUUCAAAACACAGAGAGUUUUUCUGGGAAGAACGCUUACACCAAGCCCACGAGAUACCAGGUGACAGCCCUACCUCCCUCUGGAUUCUACUACCUUGGCCAUCUCCAGCACACCAAGAUCAUGAAGCGGCUGAUUAAGCGCUACGUGCUGAAGGCUCAGGUUGACCGGGAAAACGACGAGGUCAAUGAAGGAGAACUUAAAGAAAUCAAACAAGAUAUUUCCAGUCUCCGCUAUGAACUCUUAGAGGAAAAGUCCCAAGCUACUGGUGAGCUGGCAAAACUAAUACAGCAGCUGAGCGACAAGUUUGGGAAGACCUUAAAUAAGGACAUUUGAUGGAGAAUACAGAGAAAGACAACUUGUUUUCUAAACAUUGCUCAUUCUCAACCAGCAUCUUAGGAGGGCAACAAACAUGUGAAAGAUGGGUACUGCACACUCAGCUUUUGCUGACAAGCAAGUGUUGGUAGGAGCACUUUGCGUUUCUCCUGCACUUGGUGAGUGACCAGUUCAAUCUUUUCUGAUACAAAAGUGACUUAAUGGCAAAAAUCUAUGCCCCUCGACAUCAGAAACAGAUGCACCAUGGAGAAGGCACCUCCAAUUAAAGGCAAAAAAAAAGCCAGAUCUUCAUUCAUCUGACUCCAGAGAAGACUGUGCUCAUUAACACCAACAGAGUCUGUGCUGACCUGGAAUGGGUGAAGCCUGAAGAAAAAAUUUGCCAAGCAUAUACCCUGCAAAAUUUUUUAAAUUCCUAUUCUUGGGUGUGUACUCUCCUUUUAUGUUUACAUUGGCAACCCUGAAUAUAACUUUGGCAACCCUGAAUAUAACUUUGGCAACCCUGAAUAUAACUUUGAUCAGCACUGUGGCUAAUGAAAAGCUGAUGAGAAAUCAUCUGCUGAAGUGACCAAGGCAGUAAACAACAAGUAGACACUGACAGCAUUGGAAAAAUGAAAUCAAGCUUGUGGGGUAAAUUAUCCUUUAACCUGAUGAAAGGAUUUCCAGCCAAACACUCCUGUCCACCUUUUCCAGCUGUAUUAGCUAGUCUGCUGAUGGAUAUGGUCUCUUUGUAUGCACUUAGCCUCUCUUUUAUCUUUAGUCGAUCCCAUCUCCGACAACAGUGGACUGAAAUAUUCGUAAUGAUGUGAAACACACUUCCCAGGAAUACCCAGAGAUAAAACACUUUGUGCUAAUGUAUUCAGUUCAAAGAACAACAUUAAUCCAGAGACAGCGAUGCAACUGAGCUCAGCUUUCGGAUUCCAGAGGUCAAACUGCAAGCCAUAGGGAGAGAUGAAUCACAAAGAACAUUGCCCAGUAGUUUCCAGCCUUGAAAUCAGUACAAAAAGGUUUCAAUUGAACAUUCUGACAGAAAAAAAAAAAAAAAAAGGAAAUAAAGGAAAAAUCAUUGUAGAAAUUGUUGUCAUGUUUUUGGCUCUUACCGAGGAUGAGAAAAGGAUUCAAACUGUUCUAAGGCUGUGGUAAUAGAAGGAUCACACUUUGUCAACAGGAAAGUUGUAAGUCUGUGCAACACAACUACAAACAUGGAUGGCUUGGGUUUUCAUGGUAGGCUACAUGAUUUCGACUACUUAAAGCACACCUUACUACUUGGGAACCAUGGAACUGGACUGUUUGUUUACAUGAGACACCUAUAAAAUGAACAUGACAUCUAGGUUUCAGCUGAGACAAGCAAGCAGAGCCAGAAGGUGACCUGUGAUCUUAAGUGCCAGAUGAGAAUACAUAUAGCCUAUUAGAAUAAUAGUUAUAUUUGUACAAAAAUGAAAGAAAACAAAAUAAAAAGUGUACUGUAUGUAGAUCUGUUUAGAGAAAAAAAUACUGUAUUUUUACCUUUAUUAAAAUUAUCUUGUAUACUGUAAUAUUUUUACCUAAAAAUGGA